AUGCCUGCCUUAAUAGAAUAUUUCUUGAUCUCCUUCAUGCUCUUCUUCUUCUUCAUUCCUCACCUAGCCGCAGCAAGCUCCGCCACCACCUGUGGUGAAUCGACAUGCACUUCCACUAGCCCUCAGAUUCGAUUCCCUUUCUGGCUAAAAAACCUCCAACCCUCAACCUGCGGGUAUGAAGGGUUUGGUCUCACAUGCAACCCUGGACACCGAUGGCAAAGCAUUCUCAUCACUGUCCCAUCUUCCUCGAGGCACUUCGCCGUCCAAGAAAUCGACUACUUGAACCAAAACGUAUGGAUCUCCGACCCCAACAACUGCUUGCCAAGGCGGUUCAUGGACAAUGACUUCAGUUUUGAUGGUUCACCCUUCUCAUACGUGCAUGCCCUCGAAAGAUUCACGUUCCUCAAUUGCUCUUACCAAGCAGAAGUAUCGUAUUCGUAUCCACCCAUUUCUUGCCUUAGCAAUGAGCACUACAUGGUCAUUGGUGUGCCAUCGGAGUGGAUUAAUUCAUCAACGACGUGGUCUUCUUGCUCUGUGAUUUCCGAAGCUUUGGUUCCACUCUCAGAACCAUGGGAAUGGGACUAUCUUAAUGGUUUUGGGUUGGAAUGGUAUGUGCCCAAUUGCCGUUUUUGUGAAGCCGUACCUGGUAAAGUUUGUGGAUUCGACAACAAUACAAGUUCCAAGCUUGGGUGCAUUAAUUCAACUAACGGUCUCUCAAAAACUGUGAUGUACGGUAAGAUAUGCAUAGGAAUUACAGGACUAUUCUUUCUCGUCAUUGUGAUCAUGUUAAGGCUGAGGGCUUGCGGUCGGGUCAAUCGACCCAUAAUAGAAUUAUCAGCCAUACCUCAUCCACAACCUUCUGCUGUCAUAAUGGGGCUUGAUGAUCCAACCAUUGAUUCAUAUCCUAAGACUCAACUUGGAGAGAGCUUGGAAUUGCCCAAGCCUAAUGACAACACUUGCUCAAUAUGUUUGGGAAACUACCAGCCCCGGGAAACAUUGAGAACCAUACCAGAAUGCAACCAUUAUUUUCAUGCUAACUGUAUAGAUGAGUGGCUUAGAAGAAAUGUGACGUGCCCGAUUUGUCGAAAAUCAUCCGAGGGUAAUAAAGGGAUUGAGGCGUGA